AUGUUUAAAUGGGCUUUAUUUUUCGAUCAACAGGAUGAUUUUUAUUCGGUGAGUUUUGAAGAGAAAAAGGAAGGAAGGAAGAAGUUGUUGAAAAAGAAGAAGAAGAGAAAGAGCAUCUUCUUUUUUUCUCUUUUUUUUUGGCUCUGUGUCUCUUUCGAGAAAAGAGUAGGCGCAUACACGUAAUGGCGCUGAACCAGAAAAAAGAAAGAUUUUUUGUUUUCUUUGCCUUUUACUAGUUUGGUGGAUUUUAUUCUCGAAAACUAUGGCUUCUUUGAAAACUUUGAGAAAACAAAAAACUUUUUAGCUUCUUGGUUUCUUGAUUUCACCAAGAAUUUCGAACUCAAAAUUUUAUGAGUAGAAAAGGUUUUUAUUUAAUGAUCUUCCAAACUGUUUUUGUUAUCAGUGUUUGGAAUUAUAAUCUAACAAACUGAAUAUUUAUAGAAAAAAGAUACUAAUUAUUUUUCUCAUUCGUCUUAUUGUGUUCUCACACACCAACCAAGCAAAAACAAGAAAAAUUCAGAUGGAAACUAAAUAAUUCUCGUAAAUAUGCAGCUAGAAUGCGCUUCUUGUGUUGGACAAGGCGCUGCAACAACUUCAGACGAAACAAAUUGUCGAUCAUAUUUUGAUUGGAGAUAUUUUUGCUGUGCUAAUAAUAUCAGAGAAGUAAGUUGGUUUUGGUAUCAUUUUAUUUGAAAUAUUAUUCUCUUUUCUGUCAACUAUAUGAAAAAUGAUUAUAACAACUUUUUUGUGAUGAAAAUAAACAAAAACCAAUUUUCAAUUGAAACGACAAACGGUCUGCAAAUUGUGCAGACACCAAACAUUUUAGUUUACGCGCAUAUUUUUAUUUUUUUCGAGUUGUUUGUCGCUUCCAAUCGAUUUUCAUAUUCUUCAAAAACACUUCUAUAUUUUCAGUUCAAAAAGCGUGCAGAAAUGAAUGGUCUUUGCUGUUGCACACCGUGCAAACCCAGAUAUCGUCGUUUGGUUGAUUCGAUAUAUCCGAGAGCGGUUACAGAUGGACUAAUUCAUUCCAACAUGCAAAAACUGACCUUUUAUGCAAUUUCACAUCCAGAAAAAUUAGAAAGAAUUGGAGAGUAUUUGGUUAUGCGUAUGGGUAGAGACUUGGGUAGACAGAGACCGGUUCAAGUUAAAGUAAGUAUUUUUGGAUUUCGAAACUACAUCAAUACUUUUUAAUUUUUCAGAUUGCGGUAGAAGCGAUGGAUCAGUUAUUACAAGCAUGUCACAGUUCUCCUAGUUUGCCACAAUUUUCUGAAAACCAUUUGAGAAUGGUUCAAAGAUUACUAGAAAGUAACAAUGCAAAAAUGGAGGUAAGAAAAUAG